AUGAUCAUUAUGAUGAUAAUUGCAUGUAUUAAUGCAAUGCAGACAGGCCUUGCUGCCAGAUGCCAGAAGUACGGAAUAAGCCUCAAUGACUGUCUGAACUCAGUAUACAUUCCAAAGAAAGAGUAUGAUGACUAUCUACAGAGCUUCAACAUGCCAAUCAUACGCGACUCAAGCUGCAAUAAAGAACAGUGUGUAGCAGUUGUCUACAAGGAUAUUAACAAGUGCCUCAACUGUAAGGGGGAUGCUUGUGCUGCCGAAUGUGACGGUGUGUUACAAAAAAAACAUCACAAUCCAGACAGGAGUUUCCCAAUGGUUCAUGUGAUCCAUCACAAUGCAGACCGAAGCACUGAAACAGAUUCAACUGGCAAUCUGGAUUCCAAUAACCAACUACAUAUGUCAUAUAAGAGUGUAACUGUUAUUGAAACAAAGACAGAAACAGUUUCUGAAAAAAUCACAACCACUGUAGUUGAUGAGAACGUUACACCACAAACCAUACCUAUCUCUCAGGUUUCAAAUUCAUUGACAACAGUGCAAGAUGAUGUAAAAACAAUAUUCAAAACACUUGAAAUGCCAAUACAUUCUGAACAUCAAAAUACAUCAAAGCGAGAGCGAUUAGCCAAGAAUAAAAGUCGAAAUAAUAUAUCUGCAUCUGUGAAGUAUCCACAAACAACUGACUCCGCCUCAGAAGAAGACAAUUACAAUUACAAUUAUAAUACACCUGAGCAAGAUGAAAAUGAUUUAGAACGAGAUAAAGAAGAAAAUGAUUCAGAACAAGAUUACAAUCAGAACAUCAUAACAGUCACUAGAGUAUUCUAUAAGACAGUCAGUGUAGAAAAGCCAAUUACAUUGUAUAGAGAAGUCACUACAACAGUUAAGAAUGAAAUUCCAGUUAUCAAUUACAAGCUUACCACAGUUAAAGAAAUUACAACAGAAACCAAGACAGAAAGCAGCAUCAAAACAGAGACAGUUACGCAAACACAGUACCAUUCGCCUAAAUCAACAUCUUUUGAAAUACAAAACUAUGUAGAAUCACCCAGUAGUGCACAUAUUUCAAAAGUAUUAUCCUCAAAUGCCAGGCAAAUUUCAUUAGAACAGAGCCAAACCGAUCCUGAGCAUCAAGCAGUAGAUGAAGUUCAACAAACAACAUCUGUAUCUGAGCAGCCUAGUAUGAUCGAUCAGCCUGAGAUAAUAUAUACAACGGUGAUCAAACCUAUUGUUUCCCUACUUACCGUCACAAAAAUACAAGAUAAAUCACCUUGCACUGAGGACUGCUCAUCGUCUUUAUCACCUGAAAACAGCUUAGCAUCAUCUUCAACAGUGUGUGAGCAAUGUAACAACACACAAAGCACUGUCACGAACACCAAACCAACAGAAUACCAGGAAAGUGCUAUAACCACUAUGAAUCAUUCCAAACCUGUAGAAAGCAUUAGUGCAUCUCCUACAAGUAUAUAUAUGGACAAACACCCGCUCAAAGACGCUAAGUUACAGUUUACUAAGCAGGAUGUAGUUGAUGAGCUAAUUCCUCUCAUUAGGAAGAUAAUGAUCAACAACGAAGACGAAAGCAGCACAGAUGGAGAAUUGAAUACAAUUGAUAGAGACAAAGAGGUAGUUGAGCCAGAAAAAAUAAAAACACUGACAAAGACUGUAGUAAAGACUGUGAACAGACGUCAUGAGCCAAAAACGGUUUACAACACAGUGUAUACAUACAAAAAGAAGCCUGAGUGUAGAAAAGGCGUGGAAGGAAGGAAGCGAAUACAAUGCCACGAUGGACCUGGAGAUGAUUUUUUCACAACAGUUUAUGCCUAA